CAUUACCGAGUUAAGUGCAUAACGGUCACACUUGGUCACGUCCCUCACGUUUUCUAUUUACGCAUAUACGACUAAAAAAAGCGAAUAGAAGUGCUCUUAAACCUAUAUGUUGUUUGCUUCCAGUGCAACGCAUUUCGCAGCGAGUAAAUUCAAGAGCGCGCUCAUAAGGAGGCCAAGGCCAAACAGCUGGUCGACAUGGUGAAGAAGCGUCAAGCCGACAGCCACGAUCACGAGAGCUCCACGGACAGUGGCGAUGAGGAGCUGCACCAUAGGAACACACUCGGCUCCGCCGGACAGGCAGACGGGACCACGCCUACCGCCUCCAGCUGCCAGCACAUCAAGAAGGCGGUGGAUGCAGCCCGGUUAAGGCGGAUUUUAAAGCCCACUGGCCUGUUGUACGAAUGCUCUCAGUGCCAGAAGCUGGGCAAGACAGCCGGCGAAGGAGCAGCCGCUUCAGGAGGUUCUAACGGAGAAGCAGGAGAGUUUGAAUUUGAUAGUACAUUAUGGCUGUGCCUCAAAUGCGGCAGCCAGCUGUGUGGAAGGGCCAGGCACAAGCAUGCCCUAGAACACUACCAGACACCUCACUCUGACUCGCAUGCACUCGCCAUGAACACGCGCUCCUUCGACAUCUGGUGCUAUGAGUGCGACAUGAAGAUCUGUUCAAAUCUCCGCAAGAACCUGCUCGAGUGCGUGGAGCUGGUAAAGCGAUUGGCCCAGAAACCGCCUACCAACACAGCCACGCCCAGUCCGCCCACCAUUAGCUACAUCGAGCAGAAGAUCAAGUCCACGUUAGAGCACAUUACACCCAUGGUGCCCAUAACGGGCGGAUCCUUCGACGACACCGGUGUCGGAGGAGGUGCUGGCGCUGGGGGAGGAACACGUAGCAGCCAGGUUGCCAUACCUAUGCCACCACCGCAACCCCGCUCAGGACAAUCCAACUCAGGCACUUUAACUAGUGUGCCAGGAAUGGCAAAGAGGAUUGUCAAGCCAACCGCCAACGCCAUCACCAAUGGCAUCAGUGUGGAGAAGCGUCUCAUUUCCUUUGAGACGCCGCGCAACGAACUGGACAGAUUGCCCAGAGUGCGGGGAUUGACCAACUUGGGCAACACUUGCUUCUUUAAUGCGGUGAUGCAGUGCCUCGCCCAGACACCGUUCCUGCUCUCUGUGCUAAGGGAACUCGCGGAGCCCGGAGAAGAAUUUGUUCUACCUGGAGGCACUUUCAAGAUGAAGGACAAAGGCGACAUUGAGCUGCCCAUGAUCAAGGGCACUCUUUCGUCUUGGGGCGGUCUAACCGCCGCGCUGGCUAAUGCCCUCGAGGAGCUCCAGGCGGGCGGCGGUGUCUUCACACCCAGCAAGCUCUUUGACAAGCUGUGCACGAAGUGUCCACAGUUCACGGGCGGCGACCAGCAUGAUGCCCACGAGCUAUUGCGCCAGCUCCUGGAGAGCGUGCGGAACGAAGAUCUAAAGCGCUAUCAGCGCGUGAUCCUGGAGAACCUCGGCUACAAGGACCAAGGCAUUAACAGCGUGUCCGAGGAGAUGCGCCAGAAGUGCAAGAUCUAUGGUAACCAAGCUGGCGAUCGCAUACUGCGCCCGGAGCAGGUCUUCCGUGGCUUCCUUGUGUCUACGUUGACUUGUCAGGAUUGUCAUAGCGUUUCCUCACGGCACGAGUACUUCCUCGACAUGUCACUACCCGUGGCCGUAGAGAAACCCCAGCCACCGCAGCGCCGAAAACCGAGUCCGGAUCUCUCACUGGUGGCCAGCAGCUCUGCCUCUACCCAGACCAGUCAGCCGACUAUCAACACCAAGUUCACAGAGGGUAGGGUCGAUUUUACAGCUCCCUCCUUUUUCCUGCACGCCGACCAGGAAAGCUCCCUGGGUCCAUCCAAAUCGCAGGUGAAGAAGGUGAAGGAACGCGAGCGCAAGGCCAAGCGUGCGGCCAAACACCAACGCCAUAAGCAAGCUCAGAAGCUGAGCCUUAAGCUUAACGGGAACGACAGCGGAAAUGGAAAUGCUUUGACCGAUCCCGUGGAACCGAGCACUGGUUUGGCUUCCUUGGGAGCCGGCGAUAGCCAGGCCAACGAUGCCCCCGAACAGCCCAAGGAACAGACCGAGGACACUACCUCAUCCAGCGUGACUACCUCGGAGCACUCCGAUGCCGAUGUCGAGGACAAUCUGGUAGAGGACUCAGCCCCGCCAUCAGCGACCAAUGCGUCGACCAGCACCUCAGCAUCCUCAGCAGCUCCGCCCAAGUUCUAUACAGACAGCAAUGGCAAUGCCCAGCCACUGGGCGAGAAGCGCGACGACACGCCGGAGCACAUGGACAAGGAUUCGCUCGAAGAGGACGAGAAUGAUUCCGGCAUCGCAACCAGUCCGGCACCCACUGCAACCAACAGCAGCACCAGCACCAAUACCACCAAUGACACCAAUACCUCGGGCAAUAACAACACGGGCUCAUCCGGAUCAUCGGUCGUUCUGGAGGAAAACUCUGCACCGGCAAGCCUGGUCAGUGCAGGCCUCUCAGAGAAGGGCGCCACCCUAAUACGCCAAAUCUCGGUGGGAUCUGAGAAUGCCGGUCUCAAUGGCACUGCCGUGGCAGAUGAAGAGGUGAAGGAUAUCACACAGCCUGAAAAGACCACAAAUCAGAGUCAAACCCAGACCCAGGCUCAGGCCCUGGCUCAGGCUCAGGCCCGUACGAAGCGGGUGCGCACGCAGAGCUACUCGGAUUGGAGCACCACGAUAGCGCCGCGAUACCAAUGCGAGGAUGGCGAGUGCUCUGUCCAGUCGUGCAUGAAUAACUUCACCGCCGUCGAGCUGAUGACGGGCCAGAACAAGGUGGGAUGCGACAGCUGCACCCUGCGCAUUAAUGGCAGCGAUCCACAGGCCAAAUCGGUGAAUACCAAUGCUACCAAGCAGCUGUUGGUCUCCAGUCCGCCAGCAGUGCUCAUCUUGCACCUGAAACGUUUCCAGCUCGGACCACGCUGUAUAUUCCGCAAGCUGACGCGCCCUGUUAGCUAUCCCAAUCUGCUGGACAUUGCCGCCUUCUGCGGCUCCAAGGUCAAGAAUCUGCCGAACAUCGAUCGCAAGCAGAAGAAACUGCUGUACGCCCUUUAUGGCGUUGUCGAGCACUCCGGCGGGAUGUAUGGCGGCCAUUACACGGCCUACGUGAAGGUGCGUCCAAAGGUGACGCCGGACGACAAGCGCUGGAAGUUCUUGCCGCAUGGCAGCAAGGCAGAACUGGAUCAGGACGAUGACCAACUGAAGAAGCUGGAGGAGCUGCUAGCCAAGGAGAAGGCGCGCGAAUUGCACCUGCAAGCAUUGGAAGACAGCGAUGACUUUACGAACUCAAGCAGCAACUCAUCCACCUCAGACGAGAGUAAUGCUCUGACUACGUCGCUCGAGGAGCAGCAAUCGCCGCAGGAGGAGGCGGCCAACGUGCAGGCACCGCCCGGCAAAUGGUAUUACGUGUCAGACUCGCGUGUCCAGGAGGUUAGCGAGGACACGGCCCUAAAGGCCCAGGCCUAUCUGCUCUUCUACGAGCGCAUAUACUAGAGAUUAGGUCAUGAGCAUGAGGGUGAUUAGGGGCUUGUAGGUGAUCAUGUAGCGGGAGUCUAGCCGGGAAGGGGAGCUAUAAGAGUAGGAGAGGAGCAGACGUCGUUCCAUAAACUAGUUUAGGAUAUUCUAUACACUAAUUAAUUUAAUUUUUUAUGCCGGGUUUCGUUGUUAUUGCCGCCCUCCCCUUCCCGCAAUACCCAACUUUGAUUUAUUUUAUUUAAUAUCUUUUUUUUUUUUUAAUUUUUGGAAAACUGCAUUUCUGUUCGAGGCAACGAAGUAGAGGGACUACAAGCUGGACUGAAGGAAUAGCAAUUAUACAAAUGAAACAACACAGAUCUGAGACAGAGACAGAGAUGAUGGGGCAGUGAAAAAGACAGACAGAGUGACGGAGAAAGAGAUGGCAGAGAUACUCAGACAUGCCAAAAUGCAUUUCGUUUCUCCCACUCAAAAUUUAUUGUACAAUUUUCGUUUUCACUUUUGGGACAAGCUUUAGUUAGUUGAAAGAAAAAAAAAAGAGAUGAAAACGGAGAAGAGACACACACACACAUACAAACAUACAUACACACAUAUAUAGACACUCAUUUUAAAUUAUAGUUCUCAGGAGUUUUGGCCUUUGUGUUCUUGUUGUACAUUUAGCUUGGUGUUAGAAGUUUUCAAAAAGACACUGAAAACGGGAAAUUACCAUGAACGGAAGUUCUCUUGGAACUUACAGCUAAAACAGAGCGUUACUUAAACUACACACACACACACACACACAAAUGUUAAACACACGUACAGAGGAAAACUUGAAGGAAAUCAACGCUAAAUGGACAAACACCGGAUGAAAUGGCCGAGAGGAGUGAAACACCAAGAGAGAAAAACUAUUUGCUGAUGUUCAUAAGUUAUAACGAAUUACGAAUGAAUUAAAAACACAACCAAUUGCUCGCUUCUGCCAAUAUAUUUAACUUUGCAGUAACUUAACUUAUGUACACCUACUAUAUAUAUAUAUAUAUAAAUAUAGCUAUAUAUAUAUACUAUAUAAAGGGCCAAUAUACAUAUACCGCCCACUUAGAUAUUUACAAAGUUCAGCCGAGGAUUAAAUGGAUUUUUGGACCUACGUAGCGUCGGGGAAAAUGGCAGCCAGAGAGAUUUAUACAAUAGCGAAGCAUAAAUAAUUAUACAACACAGUUUAUCUUAUGACCUAGGCUUAACUAUCGAUUAAAUUAUGAUAAACUAA